AUUUUAUAAUUCUCUUCUUCCAUUUCUUCCAAACUACUCUGCUAUUGGCUCAAAAAUAUCCUUUUCCACCUCUGCAAUCUCCGUCUCCUUCAAUUUCAACUCAAGCAAAUCCACCUCUCUCACCAGUUUCAUCACUUUCAGGUACGGGGGCUAAUUGAUGGCGUCGAAGAGGAUAUUGAAGGAGCUCAAGGAUCUGCAGAAGGAUCCUCCCACAUCAUGCAGUGCUGGUCCAGUGGCAGAGGAUAUGUUCCAUUGGCAAGCAACAAUCAUGGGGCCUACAGAUAGCCCUUAUGCUGGAGGUGUAUUUUUGGUUUCAAUUCAUUUCCCUCCAGAUUAUCCUUUUAAGCCUCCAAAGGUUGCCUUCAGAACUAAGGUUUUCCAUCCCAACAUCAAUAGCAAUGGAAGUAUUUGUCUGGAUAUUCUUAAGGAGCAGUGGAGUCCAGCAUUAACCAUAUCCAAGGUCCUGCUGUCCAUCUGCUCUCUGUUGACAGACCCAAACCCAGAUGAUCCUCUUGUACCUGAAAUUGCUCACAUGUACAAGACUGACAGGGCCAAAUACGAAACCACUGCUCGUAGCUGGACUCAGAAAUACGCAAUGGGAUGAUGCACAAAAUUGUCUCCAGGCAUGUCUGGGACUUUUGUAACAGCAAUGUCUUAUUGUGCUUGGGGUGAAUGAAUAAAUUCCGUGAAAAGAACUUGGUUACUUCUUAAUCUCCCUUCAUGUGGGUUGUCAAGGGAACGGUGUUUUCAAUUUGUGAAUAUCUAUUUGAUGACUAGUAAGGGAGAAACUGCAAUGUACGUAAUUCUACUUUGUUUGCCAGUUUGACAUGCGCCUUUCCCCUAAUUUGUCUGACAAAUAUGGUGAGAUCUUUGAAUUUUAGGGUUGAUUCACAAUUAUCAACCUGAAUUCUCAUCUGGUACCAUUGUUGAAAAUGGAAAUGGAGAUAACAAGCAAUUUUAUUAUUA